UCCGAAACUUCAUUUUUUCUUAUUCCCUUUCUCAGACCCAAAAAUUAGGGUUCAGUUUUAUAGCAACAAGGCUCCGUCGUUGUAUGUAGUCGGAAAGACACGAUCAUCGCAUCGCGAUAGCUUUACACCCAUUUUCGAUAUUUUUCUCUGCAGCUGAGAGGAGUUCUGGUGCUUUGAAUUUUACGAAUCAACUUGAUUAUGUUGACGGAUGUUGAAUCAAUACUUUGGUUUAGUGAUGGCUACUCCGGAAGAAGUUGAGUAUGACAAGUUUCGAGAGAGAGUUGAGCGUACUGUGUAUAUAGACGAGCUCACGCCUCUUGCCACAGUCCCCGUUGUUGAAUCUGCUGUGAACCAGUUCGGAACGGUCAAGAGUGUCAGCUUCGUUCCAAACUUGUUGGGUCCAAAGGAGCUUCCAAUUGGUGUCCUCGUUGAGAUGGAGACCAAAGAGAUGGCUGAGAAUGUAAUCGCUACUGUCACUCAGUUGCCUUUCAUGGUUGCUGGAAUGCCUAGGCCUGUGAGAGCUAGUCUUGCUCAUCCUGACAUGUUUCGUGAUCGUCCCAAGAAGCCUGGUAGAAAGCUCCGUUUUCGCUGGAUGAAACCUAGUGAUCCUGAUUUCGACAAGGCUGUUAAAAUGAAGCGGCUUGUUCGUAAACAUACCGCUGAAUCUUCUUUUAUGAUCAAGAAACAGCUCGAGGAGGCGGAGAAGCUGUCUAAACAGCAAGCUGAGACGACGAUAACACAUCAUAAGAAGUAUGAUUUGUGUGAGAAACUCUUCCACGAUGGCGUUGCCCAGAAACUGUCUGAACGUUUCCACAUGAAAUCUUUUCGCUAGAGAGGCACCAACUUUCCUAGAGAUGUGGGUGCGUCUGAUAGAAUGUAACUAAGUACUAGUAAGUGACAAAUGAAAGGGAUGGUAUUUUGCUAUGGCCACUAGUUUGUGCAGAGUCUAUAUUCUGGUUGAGCUGACUUUGCUUUAGAUGCUAUGUGUUUAGCCUUUCUAACUCUUAAUGAAGAAGGUUCCACACUGCUCAUAUAUAUGUGUCGUCUAGUCCACA